AUGAAUUCCGCCGAGCUGCCAGAGAUUUUUCGGCCACCUGUGAAUCGAUCGAUGCAGGUACUUGAUAGAGCAUUUUUCAAGAAGGUGGUUCCCUUGGCGGCUGCAUCGAUCGCCGACGCUAAAGAGAUCUCCAAUGUUCGAAAGGAGCUCGACAGGGCUGCUGCUCUGCUCAGAUUAAACCCAAUCAAAACCCUGAGGGAGGAUGAUUUGAGUCCUGGUGCAAAAUGUCUGUUGCUCCGUCCCGGGAUUCAUCCUGAUCAAUCGUCUACAUGGCCUGAUGCCCUUUCCAUACUGGUUGACGGUGGGAAGGCCAAAAUCCGACCGUUCGACUUGACCCUGACAUACAAUGACUGGACCAUGCACAAUAUUCUAGAGGCCAUUCUCCCAGAGCUUCCCGAGGAAGAAAAAGAAACACCAGCUGGGUUUGCUCAUGUUGGACACGUAGUAGAGAACGCUAUACCAACUUCAGAAGCACACGUCAAUCUACGAGCCGCCUAUUUGCCCUACAAGAAGUUAAUCGGAGAGGUACUGCUGGACAAAAACCCCACGGUGAAGACUGUGAUCAACAAGACUCUAGAUGUCGGCGUCGAGUCAGUGUUCCGCACAUUCCCUUACGAAGUCCUGGCCGGGGAAGAUGAUCUCGAUGUUACGGUGCAUGAAGCACAGUGUGAAUUCAAGUUCAACUUUGGAAAGGUGUACUGGAAUCCACGGCUUGGUACCGAACAUUCUCGGCUCUUCGAAUUCUUCAAAGAAGGCGAGGCUGUGUGCGACGUUAUGGCUGGAGUGGGGCCUUUCGCCGUGCCAGCAGGAAAACGCAAGGUCUUCGUCCGAGCGAAUGAUCUCAAUCCAGAUUCAUUCGCGAGCCUUCAGGACGCCGUCAAGCGAAAUAAAGUCGAUGGCUUCGUCACUGCCUCCUGCCAGGAUGGAAGAAUCUUUAUUCGUAAAGCGACCAGAGAUCUUGCCAUGGAUCCACGGUCUGUUGUUAUACCAUCCAAAGUCAAGAUCUCACGGAACGCGAGCGACGCUGAAAAGCGGGAGCUGAAAAAGGCAGUCGAGGAGAGCGCAAAAACACUCAACGAGCCAUGUGCCUUCUCGCACUAUGUCAUGAACUUGCCGGCCACCGCGAUAGAAUUCCUCGACGCCUUCAGAGGUACUCAUCAGGGCCGAGAGGCCGAAUUCAGACCACAUACUACCACCAAGUUGCCCUUGAUUCAUCUGUAUUUGUUCCAGGCGAAGUAUGCAAACGAAGACGAGGAACUUGACGAAAUCUGCCAGAGGAUAUCCCAUCAUCUGGGCAGUCAGAUCAGGCGUGACGACCCGGAAUUGGAAAUGACCAUUCGAUAUGUUCGCCUUGUGGCACCCAACAAGAAAAUGUUCUGUGCCAGUUUCCGAAUUCCGGCGGAUGUGGCUUUCGAUCAGCUGCCGCUUAAUCAGUCUUUGUCUGAGCUCGCCAUCAAAGCUGAUGCCAAUUAG